UUGGUGAGUCUACAAUCCCCCCAUCGCCUUCUUCCCUUCAAAUCUUUCCUCAUUUUUGUUCUUUAAAAUCGGUAGGCCAAAUUUUAAUUUUGAAAAGGUAUUGCAAGUUUAUGUGGUUGAAGGCAACCCUACCAACAUAUGUAUACAAGUCUUUAUGAUGGCUUUUGUUUUUUAUGUAGUUUCCAACCAUUUUCCCACCAUGUGAACUCUGGUUGAAAGACUCAUCUUUCUUGGCUCUUCUGAACCUUUUUGGCUUAAAGAUUCUCAUCAACUGAUGGGUCUUCCUCAAACUUGAGAAAGCUUCAACCUUUUUUGAGUUUGGGUGCGAAUUUCUCUUCUUCAAGGGGUAAAUAUGUCAUCUUUCAGUGGUCUAGAGAUUGGUUUGUGUUUCCUCUUUGGAUGUAUCCUCUUUGUUCUUUCUGCAGAGCUCUACUAUCUUCUAUGGUGGAAGAAAAGGCUCUCCAAGAAUAGGGAAGAUAUUGAAAGCCUACAUUUUUCUUCUUCCAAUACUACCCUCCCUUCUUACAUUUCCUGUUGUUGGGAAACAUCAAAAUCCCCCAAAACCCAAGAUAAAGAUUUGCAAACCCAUGUCAAAAAACGAGAUUCGGAUAUGGGUUCGGGUCAAAAUUUGGUAUCCAAGGGUUUGGGAGAUGAAAGUUUGGAUCUUGAGCUCAUGAGGCUGCAUAACCUAGGUGGGCCACCUAGGUUUCUUUUCACAAUCAAUGAAGAAACCAAAGAGGAUUUGGAAUCUGAAAGAAGCAAAAAGGGUUCGAGAACAAGAAGUUUGAGCGACGUUCUUGAUACUCCCGACACACCUUUUCUGUCUCCUCUUGCUUCACCGCCAUUGAAGCUCCCACAACCACCCAAUCUUGAAGCUUAUAAUCACCAUGGAUUGAACCCUUUGUUUGAAUCCACUGAGUUCACCAUCAACAAGAUGGGAUCUUCCCCACCACCCACUUUCAAGUUCUUGAGAGAUGCAGAGGAGAAGCUUCUGAAAAGAUUGAUGCAAACAGAGGGUGAGAAAAGGGAAAGCUUCAAGAAAAUGGAUCAAGAUUCUCCAAGAAAAACAGAGGAGAAAGAUGGUGGUUUUGUGAAACUGGUUGUCAGUGAAGGAGGCCAUCAAACACAUUCAAAGGUUCUUCCUUUGGCUUGUUCUCCAUCAACAACAAUGGCUCCAGUUGAUGAGAAAUGGUUCUUAACCUAAUCUUUGUCUAUCCAUCAUCAUUGAUAUCAUGCUUGCACAGCUACACCUAGAGUUGGUUGUUAUCUGG